AUGGAAGUGACAUCGCCAUCUAACGAAACCUCGUCGAGCUCGCCUCCGCCGAUAAAAAGAGUCUUGUUGAUGACCAAAGUCAAGGCGGAGUGCGAACUUAUGAUAGCGUUUAUAUUCUUUUCCAUUCUGGGUAACUACUCGAGACUGGGGCUUAUUAAACUAACCAAUUACGAGGGCUCCUACGUCAGAGGCCCCACGGUACUGUGGGCCAACUUGGCAGCUUGCUUUUUGAUGGGAUUGAUGCAGACGAUGAAAAGCUACAAAGUGUUCUCGCCGCUGCUGUUCACAGCGAUUACUACGGGCUACUGUGGGUGUGUUUCGUCGUUUUCGAGUCUGAUGGUCGAAAUGUUUACGAACGCAGCGAACCAGCCAAGCACACGCGUGGCCUCAGGGUUUCCCAACCGUGCAUACGGGAUCAUGCAAUUUCUGGCUGUGCUACUAACACAGCUACUGGCGUCUAUGUGCAGUCAUAUCUUCGGACUUUAUGUGGCCAAGGAAUUUGCGCUGUACUUCAAGAAUUUCGAAAACCGAGAGACCUCUCUGGCCGCUCGUCGCACUCAUCGUGUGGUAAGCUUCAUUCAAAAGGCUACCCUUGUACUCUCUGUGCCCGUGCUGGCCGUCCAAAUUGUUUUGGCCGCGGUCUACGACAACCGUUCUCGCUAUUGGACGCUGUCUGCAAUUUUUGCAUUCCCCGGAGCCGCGCUGCGCUACGCGCUUUCAAAGCAACUCAACCACAGGUUGAAACACUUCCCCAUGGGUACUUUCACGGCUAAUUUUGCGGGUACAUUGCUGCUGGCCGUGUUCACACUCGUCACGAAGGGCAAACGUUCCGAUAAUUCGCCAAUAAUAAAAUCAGCAACGGCCAAAACUGUGGUAAUAGCCCUAGGAAAUGGCUUCUGCGGCAGUCUGACCACGGUGAGCACUUUCAUCAACGAAUGCCACCUUUUGCCGUUGCGCAAGACCCUCUUUUACUAUUUUGUCUCGAUAUUCCUGUCGUUCGGAAUAGUAGUGGUGAUUGUGGGGUCCUGUGCGUGGACCAGAGGCUUGAAUGCUUAG